AUCCUAAUCAUCAAGAUAUUACAAUCAAUUCCUUUGUUUGACAUUAUUCCUUUGUUUGACAUUUCUAACACGCCCCUCGAUGCUUAUUCGUUGCUCACUGUCCCACGAUGGACAAGCCCAUUCUUAUCUUCGUCCUCCUUUAACUCUCAAAGUAUGCAGGUGACCAAAUACACUUCAUGUUCUUUGUUGAUCAUGUUCCACUUGCUUGAACCAGUCAAAGAGGAAGUCCAAAUAUUUGACCGGUCAAGUGGAUUAUUCUUGGAAGGGAGACCCAAAUCGUCAGUAAAAGGAUGCUCGGUUGACCAAAAAGUUGACCGGGUUGGGGGUGUCGGCAGAGAAGAGUCCAAAGGAGUUUGGACCGUAGCGACCAAGAUCAGUGGAGAAUCACUGGAGAUAUUCGAACAAAGGAAUCCAUCCAAGCGUGGUCAGCCCGUUCACGAUCCCUGCCCCUUCUGCUGGACCGAGGGUCACGUUCCAACCAAGCACGACCCAGUUCAUGAACGACCCGGCCAAUCUACAGGUCAUCCAAGGCUUUGGCCAGGUCAUGGCCAUGUGUCAGCAGAAUGGGGGGAUGUUAUUCCUCCUAGGCAUGUUUCCAUUCGCUCUUCGAGGCGCUGGGACGAUGCCCCUUCAAACUCCAAUGGCAGUGUCGCCAUUCCAGACGCCGGUACCACAACCAUCACCUUUCCAGCCCUAGCUGUUGAGAGUGUUGACGACGAGUGGGAUAUUCCAAGGGCCCACAAGAAGAAGAAAGGAAAAACCAUUCGACCAGCAACUUCCCGGCUGGGGAAUAAGGAAGAAGACGAAGAAAAGUUUCUCCUUUUCUUCCAAACUUUGCGGAAUCGAGCUACUGAAUGGUUCAACAAGCUUCGCCUAGAGAGCAUUGACUCGUUCAGCGAUUUGGCCUCAAAAUUCAAGGCCAAGUUCCAGGAGAAUUGUACUAAGAGGAAGAAAUUCAUGUAUCUUAGUACAGCCGGGCAGAGGGAAUCUGAGAACCUCACUCAAUUCCUUACCCGGUGGAAGGAAGAGGUAGACAAGGUAGAAGAGAUGGACGACAAGACGGUGUUAUCCCUUCUCUCGAAUGGCUUACGUGCCGGGGAACUAUACAAGGAGUUCUGCCAGAAACCCCCGGCCACGGACACCGUGGAAACUGAAGGAUCGAUUGUUCUACCGGUCGAACUCAGAUUGGGGGACAAGACCGUAUGGAAGAGGAUGCGGUUCAUCGUUGUGGACAUAAAAUGCGUCCAUAACACGAUUCUUGGGAGACCGGGCAUCAACAAAGUCCGGGCAAUGAUUUCCAUGCCUCACUUAUGCAUGAAAUUCCAUACACCGGGCGGUGUAGGAGAAGUUCGAGGUGAUCAGAGGAACGCAUGUGAAUGCUAUGCCCGGGCAGUGAAGAAGAUGACGAAGGGGGUCAACGUCUUCUCCCAAGAGAUCACCAAGGGAGAAACCCGGGAGAAACUGGAGCCUGAAGCUGAAACGGUGGAGAUUAAACUCCACCCGGGUGAUCCCUCAAGGACGGUCAAGAUAGGAGCAAACCUCCCAGAGGAUCUCAAGGCGGAGAUUACACGGGUCCUCCAAGAGUAUGCAGGCAUAUUCGCAUGGAGCGUGGCAGAUAUGCCUGGGAUUGACCGCUCAAUCAUCUGCCACCGGCUGGCAGGACAGGCCCUUACAGAUUUCCUGGUAGAAAUGACCGGUCUAACUCCAGACCUACCGGUCAACAAGCCCACUGAGCAAUGGUGGGAGAUGGCGGUAGACGGGGCAUCUGGUCCUAAAGGGUGCGGGGGUGGUAUAGUGUUUACCACCCCGGAAGGGUUCAAGAUCUACCAUGCACUCAUCUUCAACUUCAAACUGACAAACAAUGAGGCGGAAUAUGAAGCUCUGGCUGGAGGGCUCAGACUUGCUCAAGAUCUCAAAAUCAACCGGGUCAGUAUCAAAUCUGACUCUAGUCUGAUUGUUGGGCAAGUGACCGGUAAUAUGGAAGCAAGGGAAGGACGAAUGGCGCAAUACAAGGACCUGGUGCUUGCCUUGUAAUGGUGGCCAUCGAUUACUUCACCAAAUAGAUCGAAGCCGAAGCGUUGGCCAAUAUCUUCACACAACAAUGUAAGAAAUUCAUUUGGAAGAACAUCAUCACCCGGUUUGGAGCUCCUAUAAAUCUCAUCACCAACAACGGUCCACAAUUCCGGAAUCCGAGAUUCACCGAAUACUUGGAGGGCUUCGGGAUUAAACACAAUCGUUCUUC